UGGACCAAUAGGGAACAUGAUGCUACAAACGCCUAUAAGCAGAGUGCUAAUAUAUGCACAAUCAGCAUUGGGUUCCAGCACCAGUGAGUUACCUAGUGUAACUUAACUGACUUCAGGGGCAGUUACAUCAGGGAUAACAUUAAUCGGCUAGGACGCUUUCUCCUCCCACCUUUGUGGCAGUCCUUCGUACCCCAAAGUGUGUAUCCGAAGAAAGGAGACUGGAGCUUCAGUAAAGCCCGUUGGGUGAACCUGAUGCCCCAUCCCAAGAUGUGCUCACUACAUUGUCCCUGUUGGGAUUCUGGGGUGGGGAGUAGCCUUAAUUUACCCUGAGGUUGGGACCCUGCAGACAGGUGGGUUGGGAGGACCUCGAUAAAGUUCUCGGAGAGGGGAGGGGUAGAAAAACUUGAGAUCGGAGAGGAAAAGAAACUUGGGAGGUCACCGGAGGGAGGAGAAACACCGAGCAGGAAAGUGAAGGAAUAACGAAUCCAAGGAGAAGGUCAGCCAGCCUAGUAGCACCAGAAGGUUGCUGAAGCAGGAGAUCUUGAUUGAUGCAUGCUUACCUCAACCUGACUUCUGGAAAAGAACAAGUAUUGCGCUGAAAGCCUGUCACCGGGAAACAGGACAAGCUUGGCCAAUAAAAGAUAUAUGAAGUGCACUGCUCAUUAGAGGUCAGAAGAGAAAUUGUGCUUGAAGCCUCAAGAGCUAUAUAGGAAUAAUUGGAUCGAGCAGCCUGGAGACCAUGGAGGGGGAUUGUCUGAGCUGCAUGAAGUACCUGAUGUUUGUUUUCAAUUUCUUCAUAUUUCUGGGAGGGGCCUGCCUGCUGGGUGUUGGGAUCUGGGUCAUUGUGGAUCCUACAGGAUUUCGAGAGAUUGUGGCUGCCAACCCUCUGCUCUUCACGGGGGCUUACAUCAUGCUGGCCAUGGGAGCAAUGCUCUUCCUGCUGGGCUUUCUCGGCUGCUGUGGUGCUGUCCGUGAGAACAAAUGCCUCCUGCUUUUUUUCUUCAUGUUUAUUUUGUUAAUCUUCCUGGCAGAGCUCUCAGCUGCAAUCCUGGCUUUUAUCUUCAGAGAAAAUCUGACCAGAGAAUUCUUCACCAAGGAGCUAAAGAAGCACUAUCAGGGGAACAAUGAGACCGAUGUCUUCUCUUCCACCUGGAACUCGGUUAUGAUCACAUUUGGCUGCUGUGGAGUGAAUGGGCCGGAAGAUUUUGAAACAGCUCCUCAUUUCCGACUCCUCCACUCAGAUGAUGUGGUACCAGAAGCUUGUUGCCAGCGAGAGCUCCAGACCCGGGAUGGGGCAUUUGUCAGCAAGGAGGACUGCCUCAUGGGGAAAGACGUGUACCAGAACCGACAGGGCUGUUACACUGUGAUCCUGAACUCCUUCGAGACCUAUGUGUACCUUGCAGGAGCUCUCGCCAUUGGUGUUUUGGCCAUUGAGCUGUUUGCCAUGAUCUUCGCAAUGUGUCUCUUUCGAGGGAUCCAGUAGGAGGUACCCCCUGAGCAACUGCGAUGCUCCUAUGUACUUGGAAGAAAGACCGAAAAAAAGAGGGGGAAAAAACUUUAUUUUUUUUAGCAAAAUGGAAACAAAAAAGGGUUGUAAUAUAUGAAUGACCAAAUGGAUUGUACUUCAGGGGCGGGAACUUUGAGGUGCUGUGCACUACACUACGCCACACCGACCUUCUCCCAGAGCAACCUGCACAGACAUUGAUCAGGAGAGAAGUGCAAUGAAUUGCACUAGAGA